UUUAAAUAUAACGGUUUUGUUACUACCUUAACUAAUUCAAUUUUCUUUAUUUGUUACAGAAAUAAAUAACGAUGAACAAAUAGAAUCUUCAAGGAUAAAGAGGGAAGGAGUUCCCGAAAACAGGGACUUGACCGUCCUCCUUGUAAACCAGAAGAGGAAUGACUAUAACACGAAGAUCGGAAGGUACCACAGUGUCAAACCACUCAUCGGCCUACUGACAUCGACGGCGAGGACGUUCAUCCAAGAUGGUGUCACCACGGAGUACGCCACCCAGAUCCUGGGCACCACCUUAGAUAACGGCCGCAUUUACGCUCAGCUUCUAACGAAGUCUUCUCUAGUACUUUACAAUAAGCCGACCAAUGUAGAAGACCCUGUUAUUGUCAAACCAACCCGCAUACAUUCAGCUUUCGAUGGCGAAUGGAACGUCAAGCAAGAUUUAGGCUUCAUCGAUCCUGAAAAGUUCGUGCUUAAAAACACUGACUAUCUGGCGCCUAGUAGUAAAAUGGAAAUAGUCUAUGCUAGCAAGCCAGCCCAAGACAGUUUCAAAUUCUGGAGUCCUACUGCUCCUGAAAGUCAGGCUGAAAAUCAAAUAUUUGAUGAACCCACAGGUCGUAGAGUACAGCCUGUCAAAGAGAUCCCGCGAUAUGUACAAAAUGAAGCUUUAAAUUUCCUUGACGGUCCAUCUAUCGAUAGCGACAAAAAGUUUGAAUUUGUAGUAGAGCCAUCUAUUGUAGAAAAUGUAAAUACAUUCAAUAGACAAAGUAAAGCAUACGAACCGGUCACUGAACCAAUUAAAGAAGAACCUCGUCCGAAACCUGAGGUUUUAGACGAAGUCAAUGUAGUUAAAGUUAAACCUACUUACGAUUUACCGACGUUCACAAUUAAGAACGAAUUUUCGCCGAUAUUCUAUUAUAUCGAUAAUGUUGAGUCUCGUCGACCUCAGCAGCAGGCGGCGCAGCAAUCGAAAAUACCUAAAAAGUUAUUUGGUCAAAAGAGUGAACCUAGACCAAAGAAGACUUUCACUUACGCGGGCUUUGCUGACUUCACUACUGUUGUUGGUGACACAGUUAUUAUAUUUAGUCCUAACACUGAAACAAGUCGACCCCAAAAUCCUGACGAAGUUAACGUCUUCCCAUCCGCUAAUCGCAUUGACAAAUUGUCCACUAAAAUAACUUUCCUUGCUGCUGAUAUUCCUGUCGCUACAUCCACUUACAAGGCUCAUGAAGCUAAGUCAGCAACCAGAAUUCCUGGACCUGCUGUAGUAGAUGAGAAUAGGUCCGACAAAGCUCUUUUCAAUGACGAGGAAAGCCUAAAAAAGGUUUUGUAUGAAGUUGAUGAUAAGAUACCCGAUGUUGUUAGCGUUCAAUAUAACAACGGAUUUGAUUUAAAUGUUGAUGUCAUUCAACCCUCUGAAUCUCCCAUAACUACUACAGAAAGUACUCGUACCACUGACGAUUUGGGUGUUAUUCCAAUUAAUGAUUACUCUAACUCUGAGGCAACUGAGCCUUUGGCGACUUUAUCUCCAACAACAACGAUCUUGGAAGCGCCUAAAGAAUCAGCUGUAACUGAAAGUGACAUGUCUGAACUAUUCACUAACUCAGAAGAAGAGUCUGAGAACACUGCCGCUGAAAUAACAGAGAAACCUGAAGAAGAAGAGGAGGAGGAAGAAGAAGAUGUAACUACUGAAAUGCCAGACUUUAUGACUACUACAGAAAGUGGUCACAGUGAAGAAUCUUCUGAAGAAAUGGAAACCACCACAGAGUCUAAAUUUACAAUCCCUGAAACACAAGAAGAUAGUAAUGAAGAUGCAAUGGAUGAUACUCAAGAAGUGGUUUGUACUGAAGGUUUUGAAACUCAAUCUACAAUGACGACUGCCUAUAAAACUUUGACUUACUUGACGACUUAUUUCAUACCUCUUGAGAGCACAGAAACUACAACUUCGAUCAAGUCAGAUGUAGUGGUCGAGAGUAACACCGGUUUCUUGACAAAUGUCAUUUGUAGGACAAAUAUGAAUAUUGAACCGACAGCUGUCGUAAAUGUUGACUAUUCUGUUGAAACUAAAUCCAAAAUCGUAGAAUCAGUUCCCGAAGAACCUGCUAAAUCUUCUGUAGAGCCUGAAAUAAUAACUGAAAGUCCAAAAACUACAACGCAACAACAAGAAAUACAAACAACAGUUCAAGAUGAACCAACAACGGGAACAGUUCAAAGUUCGGACGAAACUGAGGAAACAGUUGAAGAGAAAGAGCCCACUACAACACCUUCUACCACUACAACAACAGAAAGAAUUACAACAAGCCAGGGUCACGUUGAAGUGUCUGUGAGCACUGAACAAACGACUACAACUACCACCACGGAAAAGGCAACGACACCAGAAGAAGUAGAAGACUCAGAAAACGAGAUUGAUGUAAUCUACAAAACACUUUACACAACUUAUACUUACUUCACUACCUUCUUCGGUGACCAAACAUCGAGCGUUGCAAGCCACAAAUCUGUUGUCACUAACAUCAUUACAUCGACAAUCGAUCUUUCUAAAUUAGAUCCAUCACUAUUAGGAGCAUUCAACGAGGAUGAGAUUGCACCAACCAGUGUGGGUAUAGGCAGACCUACAGAAAUAUUAGCUAUUAACAGUGCCAUCGAUCUUGUUAAGAAUAAAGACGUCCUCGAGUCCGUUGAAGUAGAUGAUAUUUAUAGCUCUCAGACACCCACGCCUUCAUUAGGUGACGAUAUCAUUGCAAGUAUAAAGCCUGAUGCUGUCAAGACAUAUUACACCACUUACACAUUCUUCACGACUAUUUAUGUCGGCAGUGAUGCUAACAUUUGCAGCAGAAAUGAAAUCUACACAAAUUACGUUGGACCUGAUGAACUUAUUCCCACAAAGGCUAAUCCAUUAGCAGUGGAGAACACAAGAGCUCAAUUCGACUUUAGAAACUGCAAACAAAUUAAAAUGGAACAACCUCCUAACCAACAAGAAACUGCAUCAAUGGAAACCAGUGUUAGCAUGGAAGAAGAUAAAGAACAAUCUUCCGUAGAUUCAAACCUGAGGUUACACCAGAUCCUAGUCCGAUUGAAGUGGACAUAUGAUCAGAUCAGCUCAGAAAGUAAUAUAGAUGAGAUCUUACCAUCACCUACUCUAUUACUGCAAACAAGUUAUACUACAUUUACUUAUUUCACAACAAUGUACAUUGGCAAGGAUUCUAGUAAGGUAAAGAGUCGCUUGGAGACAAUUACAAAUGUGGUCACGGAAACUAUCAUGCCGAACAAGGAACCUGAAGAAGAAAGUAACCUUCCAAUUACUUACUACACGACAUUUACUUAUUGGACCACUCUGUACAAAGACAAGUCUACUACCAUCACAAGUCGCGAAGAGAUCGUAUCAAAUGUGGUUACACCUGUGGCUCAAUCGGUUGCAACAAUCAGUCCUAUUGACACUACUCCUAUUGAUGUAGACACUAGUCUGCCACCUAAAGAUUUAGAGGUAGAACUAAAACCAUCUUUAGUCUCAGACAACCUUGAACCUGAUGAUGGCAAAGCCACAUUCUAUACCACGUACACAUAUUUCACCACCUUCUACGCUGGUAACACUUCCCAGGUUAGAAGCAGCUUAGAAACUGUUACAAAUAUUGUUGAUAACACAAAGCUAGUUGAAGAUAAUCAGCUUGGUAGGAAAGUACCAGUCGGUGCAGCUGAUCAGAACUUGAUUCAAGAUAAUGGAGAGAAACCACACAUAGCUCCAACAGUAGUAAAAGAACAAAUAAUUCCCACAAAACUACCUGAUGCUUCUUCAGUUCCUGGUACGGUACUUCUAGGCACAUACAUUGAUAAUUUGUUUGCGGAAGUGAAACCAGCAGAUAAGCCAUCCACACCUGCUCCAGAAGGAGAAAAGAAGAUAUUAUUCUCUCAAGUGGCUGUUAUAUCUGGUGACUCAACUGUUGUAACUGCUGACAACAAAUCUUUGACUAUUGACACGAGUAGUUCAACAACUACAACAACUGAAAGCAAUAUUAUCAGUCCCACCCCGGAAGUAAUUGAGAGUUCUGUCGCUGAACCUGAUCCUACGACUGAAACUCCUAAUGAGUCUGAAGAAGAAGAAGAUGAUAGCACUAACACCAGAAAGAAGUCUCGUCUUACAUUUACACCUAAGAAACCAUCCACUACUCCUGUGAUUAUACCGUUUGCUUCAAGGAAUCGACCAACAUUUAUUCCUAAACGUGUUCCAUUGUCUAGUGGAGCCACAACUAUCACACGUGCAGACUUCACACCACCUGUUAUCACUGCUACACCAAGUUUGAAAUCAGUUAAAACAUCUGGAUUUAGUGGUAACAGAAAACAAUCAGCGUACCCUGGUUCUUCAAGCGCAGGAAAGAGGUUCCCCGGCCGUUCUAGUGUCAAUAACCCAUCUGCUAAUGCACCGCAAGCAUCAAGACCAGGAGGUUUUGCUGUUAGAGGAAGCAUUCAACCUACUUCUAGACGAACUGGUUUCAGAUCUAGUUCAGGUCGCCCAAGCAGCUUGGAUUAUAUUAACAGAUCCGCAGCACCAAGAGUGAGGCCCACUGCCUCAAGUAGGCUUCCUCCAGCUAUCACUCCUAGGUCAACCACUGCUUCAUCCAGAAGGGCAGUCACCCCUCGUGGUAGACUAACUACGACAACUAGGAGAUCAACAACCAGAACUACAUCUAGUCCACUUCUAUCGUUACGUAGAAAUAGACCAAAUGCGCUUUUCCCUAGAAGAAACUUAUUUAGACAACCAGAACCGGAACCUGAAGAAGAAAUUAAAGAGGACGAGCAAAAAGUAGAUGAGAGCGAAGAAAUCUUGGAAGAAGAAGAGUUUGAAGAAGACAACGAUUAUGACUCAUCUGAUAGGAAGGAACGUCAAGUAGCACAGCCACCUCCUGCUGUUGCUCCUAGGAGAAAUAUAGUACAAAUAAGGCCAUUUGCUUUUAAACGGCGCUCAAAACGUCAAGCCGACUAUGGAAACAGGAAAUAUACAAACUUUAGAAGACCAGGCACUAAGACCACAACCACUCGACGACCUGAACCUGAAACUGAAGAGCCAACUACACAAAAAGUGAGACCUGGUAAUCGUUACAAUGGACGUACGUCUGGCUCUGGAAGAACAACAACCGCUGUAGCUCCUAAAUCAAACGCACGUCAACCAUUCGUUGUUCGUGGAGAAACUAGGACUACUACUACCACUUCUGCUCCAGCAUACAGAAGAGGAAAGUCAUCUCGACCAUCAUCAAGAACAACUACUACUUCCUCCAGACCCAAGCCACCUAAGACUCCCAAGUCCCCUAGGUUAAAUAAAAAUUCGUCAGGCGCUAGAACGAGUACUUCUCGUAGUUCAGGAAGAAGCUCACGAACACGUACCACUACCAGCAGAGCCAACAGCAGGCAAAGGAGUUCCUUCGAAAACUUCAGUGGUGAACGCUUCAACGCGAAAAACAUUCUAAACGAUGGAAAGAUCACCAUCACACAUCAAAUACCAACCGAAGUAACAGUGCCAAUUGUGAAUGGAAAGAUUACUGAGUACAAAAACUUGCUAUCAGCAACACCUAGUCUAGAAACAUUACUGCUUAACCAAGUAUCAACUUCAUUCGGACCUUUAGGCAACCCACAACUGGUGCUCGCUGCUGAGUCUACAGAAUUAGCUGACAAUGGAGCCACUAAAAUCAUUAAAUACUUAUUACAUGAAACUCCUACAACUACCGUAAUUUUCACACCUACUACUAUCAGAGGUCGUAAGACAUCCUUCUCCCACGUCCUUCCUAGUACUGUUUACAACGUAGAGCCAGUUACUCAGACAAUUGCACCAGAGAUUAACUCGAAUGUUCCUCUCGCUAAUCUUUUGCUUUCACAACUGUUGCUGGGCAACCAGCAACCGGCGAUCAACCCAUUCCUUGCUUUACAAGGACAGGGCUUGAUUCCCCAACAGCCAAUAGUACAAACUCCAGUAACUGAAUACAAAACUCGCACGACUACCUACGUGACCACUGUUACAGAUGCUAGGGAGACUGUAUUACCUAUCACGUUUAGAGGCCAGGCCAUUCUGACAACAAUUGUUGACCCUACAACCAAUGUCAUUACAGCCACUGAAUUUAUCACUGAUACUGUAGUGACUACCCCUACCGUAGCUCAGGCUCCUCAACUCAACUCGUUACUACUUCCUCUACUUCUCCAACAACAGCAGCAACAACAACAACCCGCUCUGAACUUACAAACUGCCAAUCCCUUGUUAGGUUUAGGCCAAGCAGAUCUUGCUGCCUUAGGUGGCCUUAAUGGCUUUAACAACUUAAACCUGUCACCAAAUUUGAACCACCAAAAUAAUUUGAACAAUGACAUUUACAGUAAUAGUCCAAAACCAAACAUACUGUCUGAUUUGAAUAGCAAUGAGGACUUUUCUGAUGAUACUGAGGUACAGGAUACUGAGGAAGAUCUUCCACCACCACCACCGGCUGCUCCAUCCCGUAGGAAGUCUCGUCCUAAGCCUGCUGCUGCAGCUGCCCCUGUAGGUCCUCCCAAACAGACCAGCGUAGUGACUUUAUACGUAUCAGCAUUUAACACAAAUGGUAUUGUAUAUGAUAAUACGCCUUGGAGACCAGGAAGAGACAUGGAUUUAGAGGCAAAGGAACCUGAAGAGGAUGAGAGAAGGUUGAAAAAUCUAGCCACAAGGAUAAUGUCUAACGGAGUGGAAGUGUUGGUCAAGGAUAAAAAUGCUGAUGGAAAGCAAGAACAGCGCAAACUUAAGCUCAUACACGCCACUUCGUUACAACCGUACCACAGUUCAUCUUCUGCAUCAAAACAAUUGCUAUCAUCUGCAGUCGCCACUGUCGUCAGUCGUCAGCAAAUAAGCGCUCUCUUCCCCUUACAUCAGCUCAUGCAACAUAACUAUAUCAUCAAGACCUGUAUGACCACUUACACAUAUUUAACAACCGUGGUUCAAAACAAAAGGAGUGCUAUAUCUACAUUUGAGACCAUUGUCUCAGUUGUCACUACAGAAUCUCUAACCAAUCUUUAUGAUACUGAUGUUAUACCAGACUUAAAGCCGACAAAAACUAAAUACAUGGAAGUAAAGACCAUCCAACCUUCAGCAGCGACCAACAUGUACAUGAGUAGUUACCCAAAAAUUGAUAAGCGGAUUGAUAGUGCAGAAGAGGACAGUAACGGUUUCGAUCUCAUCCAGCCUUCAGAAGUCAGUAAUCCACCUUGCACUAGUUCCUGCUCCUGUAGUAACACAAAGACAGAGGGUUUGCAGACCAAAUACAGCAAUAUUAACUUUUCUGGAUCAUCGAGCAAAUAUGGAAUGAAAACAACGAAUUAUGGUGCCACGAAAUUAGAUUUAAGACCAACAAAUAAAGAAUCUAUUGACAAGAAAACAAAGUAUGGACCUUAUGAAUACGAAACUAAUUCCCAUUUAGCCCCAACCGACAAAGUAGUAGAAAAAUAUACAGAAGUCAUCAACGAUUACUCAGAUGAAAAAGAUUCGAAUUCAGUCGAAGAAAGUGAAUUGUUGACAAAUGAACAGGCACCAGCGCCACCAAAAACCAAUAAAGUAAAUACGAAAGUUCCAGAAAAAACGAAACCUGACAAACCACAAAAACCAAACAAAAAUAAGUUUGUUGUUGCUGAUCUUUUGAAAUUAGGCACUUUGGGAAUUAAAGGUCUGACGCAAUUAGCACCAGUUAUUGAGAAGAUGACAGGUGGUUUCAUAAAACGACAAGAUACACUCAAUAAAACCACAACUACGACUGUCAAGCCUGCUGUUAAGUUGACAGCUUAUACUGCAAACAAAAGAGUAGACAGCGAUUUAGACGGCAAACAUAGUAACUUUCCAAUAUACAUUCCAGUAGACGAAUUAGAAACUUCAGAAUCUCAACUUGUGUUUACCAAUGCUACAUUACAUCAGAACUUGGCGUGGGCAGCCGAACAUAAGCAGCCUAAAGCACACAUUGUCCCACCUAAAAUUGUGCACGAAAGCCCACUUGUCAACGGCGGUAUACCCAUUAGUCCAGGUGAAAUAAUAACGGCCAACUCAGACGUCAUUGUUGGGAAACCAGCCGUGGGUGGACCUUUAACCUUGGCCGCGAGUGGAAUUAAAUUGCAAAACUCUGUCAAUCCUCCGCCUAUUGAUAGCUUUAUUGCAGCGAACGAACAAUACUUCGUAAACGAGAAACCACUUGGUGAUCAACCGCCAAGUGAUGACUCUUAUGAUUUGAGGCCACCUGAGCUACCCAAACCAAAUUCGAAACCAAACAGGCCUAUGCCAAGACCAAUGCAGUCAUUUAAUAUUCAAAAUUCUGCUCCUAAUGACAAAUAUCCGUAUCGCAUGCCAGCGAGCAUACAUGAUCACUUAAUGAAAACUGAACAAAUUAAGACCAACGUGCCUGUAUUGAGCAAUCAUGGUAGGCCAGCAUUUUUAGAUUACAUUCCAUCUUUGGCAAAACCUACUAAUGCUCCUAUUAAACAUCACACUGAUUUUAAACCUGUGAAUGAAGCUAAUGUUGAAUCUGUAGCUGACAACAGCCCAAUGAUAUCUUCUCCAAAUAUGGCGAACAAAUCUUUUGUGCCACAAGUCAGUGAAGAUAAGGAUAAUACUUAUACAGUUACCCUAAAUACAGCUACUAAUGUUGCCAGUAAUAACGAGGCAGGACAAGUAAUUGGCUCCAGUGUAGCUGUGCCUGUCGGAACAUCGACUCAUGUUAGCCAGCUCAACACUGAUAUACCUAUUGGAACCAACUUUGCAAUUAGAGUGGAAGAUAAUACUUCGCCUUUAGAAACUUACAAUUUACAAGGCAAUUCAAAUCAACCUACUGUUUUCAAUGAUAAUAGCCGCAUACCACAAGUUUCUGUAGGUGACAAUAGAUGGAACAAGAGUUCCACAGAUACAAUUCAUUCAACAAUUGUUGGAAAUAGCUACAAUAACCAAAACUAUGGUGAUAAAAAGUCAAGCUAUGAAAAUAAAAAUCACUACACCAGCCAUAAUCAACAAAAUAUAAAUAAGAAUCAGAACUAUGCAAAUACAAACCAAAACCAGUACGUAAAUGUAAAUCAAAAUACAGAAAUAAAGAAUCAGAACUACAACAAGAACCAAAAUGAAGGAAACAUCAAUCAAAACUAUGCUAACAGACCAACUUAUGAAAAUAAGCAACCGACAUAUGAAAACAAACCAUCGAGCUUCAAUGUCCAAAAUCAGAACUUUGGAAACGUAAACUAUGCAAACAAAAACCAAGAACAAGUUAACAAAAACUAUGAAAAACCAAACCAAAGUUAUGGAACCCAGAACAAACAGCCAAGCUUUGAAAACCAGUAUCAAAACUAUGGAGACAAAAAUAUACGAAAUCCUCUUAAUCCAUCUAUACCGCCUUCUCUUAAUAGUCACGCUAACUUCCCGAUGAUGAACGAUUACUCGACGCCUUCAACUGUUAACGAAAAUGUAAAACCAGUCACUGAAUACACAGACAACGUAAAAUCUGGUGACAUCAAGAGACCAGCAAAAUUAAUUCCAAAUAUACCAACAAAUUCUCACGGUUGGUAUUCUAGCGUGCUAAAUGAAAACAAGAUUGUUAAUAACAUUAAAGUAGAAGCCACCACCAGAAAAAUUAUACCAUUGAUUCACGACUACAAUGAGAAGAAUAAUUCACCUCAGUUUGGAGAGAAAAUUACAAGUGCUGGUAAACCACCCACCGAAUUUUGGUCCCAAAACGGACCAACAGUAACAGGUUUCAGUAUAGGAAAACCUUUUACUAAACCUCAAAUAACAGAGAAGCCAUUAUCUACUAACCCACCGUUUACAACUAAACCAUUUAAUAUUAAUUAUAUUCCUUCCAAUUUGGGUGGAAUGAGACAGCCUGCUUACGACAUACCGAUUAGAGAUAACAGUGAUGAAACAACUACUGCUAAAAUUAAUCUAUCAACCGACAAAAUAAAGCCAGUAUAUGAAAACUCAGAAGAAAUAUAUGACGGAGAAGAAGAACCAGAGAAUGCAGGAGAAAUUGAUGGAGAAGUCAGUUCAGAAUCCAUGAAAGUUCCUGUAGUAAGUGCUUCAAGCGAAAUAGACAGCAAUUCCAAAUCUUCUACAGAAAUAACCCUUCUACAAGACGAAGUAUUAAAUCUACCCAAGAACGAGGAGAAAGAUGAAAGCAACAAAAUCCUGGUCAACUUCAAUCCUGGUACACAAACCGAAAAGCCGUUUACGUCUUACAAUAGUACUGGCUUCCAAUCAAAUACAAUAAAACCCAUUUAUGAAAACAAUCCAUACAAUAAACCCAGACCAUUUACAAUCAACACUGCCAUCGUCCUUGAUCAUCAGUUACAACAACCUCAUUGGCAGAUCAACCAUAUGAUGGAAAACACCACAAAUGCAUCCUACGAGGAUAACAUAGAUUUAAAUAUCGGAGAAGAAAUGGACAAACCAUCAAAAUUCAAGCCUCCCACAUCUUCAAACCCUCUCUAUGUUACAGAAUCUGAUGCAAAAUACAAGAGGCCACCACGACCAGUAUUUACCAAUCAGUUCAAUAACACGCGAGUGCAUAACGAAUCAAUUAUAACAUCUACAGUUCAUAUUCAAGAUAAAAAACCAUUGAUUGUGGAAAAAGCCACGGAAAAAACGACUUUACCGACGUUCACGUUAUCUAACUUAGAAUUAAAUCGUACUUCCAGUGAAAUCAUUGAUCUGUCACCGCCUCCGCCAACAAUGGACUAUAACUUUAAGCCGUCUACGAAUGAUGAAAUGAUUAUGGGUAUGAGUCCUCCUCCUCCAAGAACUCCUCCAGGUAUCAGGCUUCCUACUAGAGUUCCUUUGACUCCUCGUCCUGCAAUUCCUAUUAGAACUCCACCACCAUAUAGAACUAAGCCAUCAAGACCUGUUCCACCUCGUGUGACUACUCAGAGACCAAUAAGGAAGCCAGUUGUAAAUAGGGAUGAGAUAUCAACCUACAGGCCUGCUUUCGAUAUAAUUAAUAAUAUCAGACGACCAACUUAUAACCGUGAUCAACCGUCAUCACAGCUUUUGCCUCCUCCUAGGGAUAUUCCAUCUAGGGUUGUCAGUCCUAUAGAAGUACCAGAACCAACAGUUAGCAUUCCAGAUGUACCUAAAGUGGUCUUCCCAACUCCUAUCUCUUCUGGCUGGUUAACAUCUUCUGGCAUAGAUUUCUCAUCAAGCUUUAACUUUAACCCAACAUCAAUACAGUUCCCUGAUUCUCCAGAACCAUCCAAGAUUCCUGAUUCCUCUGAAGUAUCGUCUUCCUCAGAAAACUCUUACUCAUAUGAAACUGAAUCAUCUUCUGAACGAGUUGAUGAUGAAGUUAAUUACGAGAAACCAGUUACAGAAGAUAGAGUAGUUGUUUCUAAAGAAUCAAGCACAGAGGCUAGUACUUCUACUACUACGACGACAACAACAACAGCUAAGGCUACGACAACCAGCACAGAAUCUAAUGAAUCUUCGUCUGAAACUAGUCAAGAAGAAACUUCAACUGACAAAAUGAAGGUUAUUCCACUUGGCAAUAAGAACAGGACUCGCAAACCUUACCCAGUACGAAUCGAUGAAAAGAAAACAACUACUAGUAAAUACAAGUUGCCUGCCAAACCUACGUCUAUUAUUAAACCAACUAGGACUUUAUCUAGACCUGAAGUCCUAUAUCCGACAAGGCACACUUCUAUUAGGAAGAUUGUACGACCAAUUACAAGGGUACCUCCUAUUAUACCAACUGGUAUUAUUGAAAGUUCAGAAACAUCAUUUGACGAAGAUUUCAUAAGACCAACAGAGGUCUUGAAGGACAACAUUCCACCGACAAUUGCUGAAUUAGAAGUAACAAAUCUGGUAGAAAGAGAACCUUCUAGUAUACCCAAUAGCAUACCGUCAAGCAUUCCUAAUAGUAUUCCUUCCAGCAUUCCAACUCCAAGUAUAGAAGAGAUCACAACUAUAAAACCAACUCACCACGCUGGUAACGAAAUCAAGAUAUCAGACGAGAUCAUACCAACCAAGACUGAAUUUAGAACAACUGUCAUCACCCUCACUAAGACACUAUCAGAGCCACCGAAAACCGUAUCAAAAGAGAAUGAUAAUCUCAUUAUCAGAGAUUCUGAUACAACUGAUAAUAUCAUUCAGAAGAUUGAGAAUGAUAGUGAUCCAGAGAAUGAUAAUGAUACGUUCUUCGUUGUGAUGAAUAAAUCCCAGAAUGGAGGUCAAUCUCCACCAGUAACUACUGAUAUUGAGACAGGAGACUACGACGUGACUAGGAAUGAGCAAGUUAAUAACAAUGGAGUAUCACAAGUAUUGUUUGGAGAAAUUCUGUUGGCUGGUACACCAUUUUUGGAGACUACUAAUGUUAAUCCGAAUGGAGUACCAUACGGCAAGGAAUGUCAGCCAGAUUGCAAAGCCUCCAGAAACGAGCGCUGCCAGCGUAUUGAUGGUCUCAUGAAAUGUGUAUGCAGACCUGGAUUCGCUAGAAUGUUCCCUGACAGGCCUUGCAAACCAACAUACACCUACUCCGUGAAACUGGCUCUGGGAUCUCAAGGAAACGAAAGACUAGAAUUCCAUGACAAUCUAUCUGAUAACUCUAGCAAAGAGCACCAUGCUUUAGCAGUGGCUUCUCAUGAAGGUAUCAAUAGAAUGAUCAUGCAAUCAGACCUGAGGGAUGUCUACCAUGGAGUCCAUAUCAAUGGUUUCCAUCCAGUGGAAAUGAAGACUACAGGAGGAGACUUGUACCAGGGUGUGAUGAACGACUUCUAUGUACAGCUCUCGGAUAAUGCACAUGAGAGUAGACUCAAGGAGGUCAUUGAGAAGUAUCUAAGGAACAACAACUACAGCCUCGGAGGUACGGAGGUCCAUGCUGCUAGUGAGCUGAUGGAGAAACUGGAUGUCAGUGACUUCGACGAAUGUGUCAGUGGGCAGUUCCAUGACUGCUCCGAGCAUGCACAGUGCUUCAAUCUGCGUGGUACUUACACUUGCAGCUGUCUUGAAGGUUUUGCUGAUCUCAGUGUAAACGCGCUGUACCCUGGCAGGAUUUGUUCUGUGGUCCUAAUAUCUCUGGUGGUGUGUGGUGCUCUCCUGACGGUGGUGCUGGCGGGUGCAAUGCCAAAACAGAGAGCUGACAGACGAGCACUGAUCAGUGAACGAGGUGAAUCUGGAGAUAAUUCUAGCAUUCAGAAUGCGUCGCUGCCUUAUAUACCAGCGAAGAGAGCGUCAACAAGCGCUAAGAAGUGCGUGAUGUCAGACCCACCAGCUCAUGAUCCUCCACCGCCACCAGCUCCCGCUGUCAUGAUCCCCAGAGCCAGACUGCAUCCUCAUCAUGGAGACAGCCAAGAAGAUCUAUCAGAAUGGACUGAUGCUGAAAGAAGAUUAGGUGAAUUGACUCUAUCAGAAGCUAGAUCUGUCGGUGGAACUCUACCGGCGAGUACAGGAAGAGCUGCAUCGUCAACACGUCUCACACACCAGGAACACACGAUGGCUGAACGCGACCUUGGAUCCACCUUCCUCUUGCCACACGUGCACCUCUACAAACCAGACCUAUCACCCGUUUAUUACGUCACCCUUCCUGUUCAAGUGGGUGACAUGACCGUCUACCUUCCGACAAACCUUAACCCUGAGAUUUCCAACACUGCCAAGGGUGGAGACCUCCCUUAA